AUGGCUACUAAUGCAUGCGUACAACAACAUGAUGAUUAUUUUGAUGCUGUGGAAGAACUUUCUUCAGAAUCUGAUAGUUUAUCAGAUGAUUCUGAGGGCUCAACUUUUGAACUUCAACAAGUUCAUACCAAUCAAGAAUUUCAUAGCUCACACUAUGAUUUCUGGUGUGGAAAUCCCAAAAGUAUUGAUGAACGACGUGAUGAUUUUAUAAGAAAGACGGGUUUUGUUUUAGAUCGGUGCCAAACUGCAAGAGAAGGGCCUGAUGAAACUAAUAACGAGCAUGGUGAUGGGAACGAUUUGUCUGGUAAUAAUAGCCAUGAGGUUUCAGUAAAUGAAGAUUUUCAGAAUCUGUUACUGAGAAUUCAGAGGUUGGAUGAUGGAAGAAGAAGAAGAAGCUUGGAUAAUGUAGAUGAGGUUGAAGAUGAUGAUGAUGAUGAAGGAAUGCAUAGGAAAGUUGAUGAAGUUGGUUCUUCAAAAGUCUAUGAAUCAGAUGAGUUUCAGGAAACAUUUGGAUCAUCAUCUACUCUCAUGCAACACUUCAUGAGAGAAUCAGCAGAUGAUAUCGCGCAGCAGUGUAAGAGGAAAGACGAAUGCAAGGAAUUAGGCUGGUUAAAAAGACUUAGCUUCAAAGCCGCAAAUAUGUUCCAUAAUAAUAAAGAUAAAGAAAACAAGGAGACGUUUCAUAACAGUAGAAAACUUUUCGGGUCAAGAAGCCCGAGAGUUCGUGUUCAUUCUCAUAAGAAAUGGUCAAAGGAGUUAUCUUCUUUGUAUCAUAAACAGGAAUUUCCUGCUCAUAAAGGGUCAAUAUUGUGUAUGAAAUUCAGUCAUGAUGGACAGUAUCUUGCAACUGGUGGUGAAGAUGGGAUUUUGAAAGUAUGGAAUAUAGUUGAGGAAGAAAGGAUGACUGAUUUAGAUCUUUUGAGUUUCAGUGUUAUUUCUGCAGGUUUGAAUGUUUCUGUAAAUGGUAUACCAAAGUUGGCUUCAUUACUUAGGUUUAAAGAAGAAGCUAGAGUGAUGAAUAAGGUGAAGAAAUCUGGGGAUUCAGGUGGUGAUGGUAUUAUGGUUCCUCGAAAAGUGUUUAGGAUUGUGGAGACGCCGUGUCAUGAGUUUUAUGGACAUGAGGGUGAGAUCCCUGAUAUCUCAUGGUCUAAGAAUGGGCGUCUGUUGUCAUCCUCAGUUGAUAACACAGUGCGCUUGUGGAAAGUCGGACGUAACAAAUGUAUAAGAGUUUUUCCUCACAAUGAUUUUGUAACUUGUGCACAGUUCAACCCAGUAGAUGAUAACUACUUCAUCAGUGGUUCUAUAGAUGGAAAAGUCCGUGUUUGGGAUGUUCGAAGAUGUCAAGUUCUUGACUGGAUUGAUAUCAAGGAAAUCGUCACUGCAAUUUGCUAUCGACCUGAUGGAAAGGGUGGUAUUGUUGGUUCUAUGGUCGGAAAUUGCUCCUUUUUCGACAUUACAGAUGAUGAUUUUUUCCGCAGGGUAUUUAUACAUGUGCGAGAUAAGAAGACGUUAACUUGCAAGAGAAUAACUAGUUUCCAGUUCUCUCCAAGUAACCCAAGCGAAGUAGUCGUUAGCACGACUGACUCUGUAGUCCGAAUUCUUAAAGAAUCUGAUAUCAUCUGCAAACUCAGAGGUUCCGUUCCACUAAUUGAUCGAGGAAGCCAAGUAUUCGCUUCUUUCACUGCAGACGGGAAACACAUUAUUUCAGCAACUGAUGAUUCAAAUGUAUACAUCUGGAAUUAUGUUAACAAUGAGAGAGCUAGAAACCGCAAAUCAAAAAACUUAUGGUCUUUUGAGAGUUUCUUAUCACCCAAUGCUCUGAUAGCAUUACCUUGGCAUGGUAUUACAUCUACCUCAACACUACCAUCUACAACAACUAGACACCCUAGUACACCAAGACAUACCCCGGAAUCCUCUGCUCCAAGGGGCAACUAUCGUUCUGUGAGCCAUGCUAAUGGAGUGCCAUCACAAAGACAUACUCAGGAAUCCUCCCUUCCAAGGGGUAACUAUCGUUCUGUGAUCCAUGAUGAUGGUGUGCCAUUGCCAAGACAUACCCAUGAAUCCUUUGUUCAGAAGAGCAACUAUCAUUCUGUGAGCCAUGAUGAUGAAGUGCCAUUGCCAAAACAUACCCAGGAAUCCUCUAUUCAAAGGAGCAACUAUCGUUCUGUGAGCCAUUAUGGUGGAUUGCCAUCGGCAAGAAAUACCCGGGAAUCAUCUAUUCCAAGGGGCAACUAUCGUUCUGUGAGUCAUGUCGAUAGAGUGCCAUUGCCAAGAUUAUCUAUUCCAAGGGGUUACUAUCGUUCUGUGAGCCAUGUUGAUAGAGUGUCAUCAUCGAGAAAUACCCAGGAAUCAUAUGAUCCAAGGGGAGACUACCAUUCUGUGAGCCAUGAUGAUGGAAUGCCAUCGCAACGGCAUAACCAGGAAUCCCCUGUUCCAUGGGGCAACUAUCGUUCUGUGAGCCAUGUUGAUAAAGCUCCAUCGACAAAAAGUACCAAGGAAUCAUCUGUUCCAAGGGAAAACUACCGUUCCGCGAGCCAUGAUAACGGAGUGCGAUCACCACAACAUACCCAGGAAUCCGAUGUUCCAAGGGGCAACUAUCGUUCUGUGAACCAUGUUGAAAGAGCGCCAUUGCCAAGAAAUACCCAGGAAUCAUCUGUUCCGAGGGGCUACUAUCGUUCUAUGAGUCAUGUUGAUAGAGCGCCAUUGACAAGAAAUACCAAGGAAUCAUUUGUUCCAAUGGAAAACUACCAUUCCGUGAGCCAUGAUGACGGAGUGCGAUCGCCACAACAUACCCACAAAUCCCCUGUUCCAAGGGGCAACUAUCGUUCUGUGAGCCAUGUUGAUAGAGUGCCAUCGCCAAGGAAUACCCAUGAAUCAUCUGUUCCAUGGGGCAGCUAUCGUACUGUGAGCCAUACUGAUAGAGUGCCAUCGCCAAGACAUACCGAGGAAUCAUCUGUUCCAAGGGGAAAAUACCGUUCUCUGAGCCACGAUGAUGGAGUGCCAUCGCCAGGACAUACCCCGGAGUCCUCUGUUCCAAGGGGCAAUUUCCGGUCUGUGAGCCAUGAUGGAGUGCCAUCAACCGCUCUUUCGCCUGCCAUGGGUGACGUUGAUUACGAGUUCUUGAGAAACGUAUGUGAGAGUAUCUUAAGUGGUUCUCACAUGUGGGGGCUUGUGAUAGUAACCGGAGGUAAAGACGGUCAUAUUAGAACGUAUCACAAUUACGGACUACCCGUUCGAUAUCCCACAGGGAAGUCUCUGAAAUCAUCGUUCUCCCUUUCUAAUAUCAGAAACCGUUGCAGAGAAAACUGUGGCAACUCAGUAAGCUCAAGUAGUUUUAGUCGAUAAUUUAGACAUUGGAAGGUAGGAUUAAAUACCAAUAUGUUUUCUGUGUACAAUCUGAUAGCAACUUAACCUAAAGAAAUUCUCAACAAUCGCCAUGACUGAUGAUUUUGAAUUUUUGAUGCAUGGAUUGUAUACUGAAAUAUCA